UGUUCGGGCACAGGAGAGUGCUUUUGUCAUGCUCCUUUAGCAGCUCUAUCCCAAACCCUAAAUAGGCUCACAAUCUCCUGCCUUGCUUGCCAUCCCGGCAAGACAGGCACUUCAUGCCUUGCAUUUUAUGCAUGGCAAAUCAUUUCAACUUUGACGAUUUCAGUCCUGACACUCCCAUACCGGGCAACAAGGAAGUUGGAACGGGCAGUGGGGCGGCGCCGGACAGUCUUGGGACGGUGGAGGCCACGGAAUGGCGGGCGGCGCGAGGCAAUGGGAGUGGGGCGGCAGUGGCGCCUCAUAUGGUGCAGGGUACACCAGUAACGGGCAACAAGCGCGUUGUAUGGAAGGGGGUCAAAAACGAAAUCGGCAAGGUUGAAAUAUUCUGUCAUGUUGCGACGUGUUGAAAUGGUAGGACUCCUACCAUUUAAGAAGAAGACCGGCACUCCGUGGUCCUCCUAGGAUCACGAAGUGUAGUCGGUCUUCUUGCACCAAGUGGGUUGGCAUAAUAUGAGGCCGAUUGUACUAAGCCUGUUCGAGGUAGUUCUUGGAGAUAUUAGAGCUGCGUAGGAGCAUGAAAUCAAAAGCCAUCUUUUUUUCCCCGGAAGAGCGUGGGAAAUUGGAUUUAGGUGAUCAUGCCAAAAUUUGUCAUGCGCCGCUCGAUUUUAUGCAUGGCAAAUUACCAUCUCAAUGCUUUGGUCGAUUUUGAACCUGGCCCUUCCAUACCUUCUUGGAAUCCCGACCCUCAAGUCUACGGCAACUCGUCUUACAAUUAUUAACCGAGGUGGAGCCAGGGCCAGCAAAAAGGAAAAAUCCAACUAGAAAUAACCAAGUGUCCGAAAUCGACAGCAAAUUCAUUGCGUUGACGCAAAUCAUAUAUCAUUUUCGUUUUCCUCCUCUUUAUUCGGCUUUCGUAUGUUUUACUCGGCUUUCCCAUUGACGCUGUACAAGCUGAGGUUUAUUUUACACUUGAUUUUUUAAAAAUACAUUGACGGUAUACUUUUUCAUGUGAGCAUUCGUUUUUUCAAGUUUUCAGUUGCCAGUUUCUCACUUAUUUUUUUCUCACACAUUCAAACAUUUCGUAUGUGUACAUCAACAUCUUCUUUGCAGUCUGUCAGCCUAGAAAAUGAGUCUCUUGUUUCGAAACCAGCAGCAACGCGAGGGAGUUCUUGUGCCUCGUCCUGUACAAGAAUUAUGAAGUUUACAACUGUACAAUUACACUUGAGAGGAAAAAGAACGAAAAGGUUGACUGUGGGUUGAGAAAUUUUAUUGGGGAAUUGUACUAUGUGAAAAACUUCUAGUAAAAUUCUACGGUCUUAUGUGGGGAACGAACGAUUCUCACAGUCGCAGUCCACCAUCGCGCCGCUGCGAGUGAGAACAACCUGGCUCCCCUCCGCCGGCGUGCUGCCAUGGAUCGUUCUCGUCGGUAGUUGGCUCUCCGUUUCUGUUUAGGAGCUUCGGCAAGUGUUCAACUUCGCAGGCACGUCCGGCGGGCUGGUC